UGAGGUGAAACUACAACUUUCUAUUUCACCAAUACCUGGUCCAAUGGUUAAUGUUUACCUGAUACUGAAAACGAUUCUUGAGGUUCUACUUCCGGUCAGCAGUGAAAUUGCGGUUAACUUGCGAUAGAAAAACCAGGCCUUACACUACCAGGAAUUAAAAUAAUUAAUGUUCCAAAACAAAAACCGAAAAAUAGUCGGCGAACGAAUGAUUGAAGUUCUUGAGCAGAGAAUGAUUGUUUUCGAAAGAAAUAUGUCUUUCAAAAUAGAGGGGUUUAACUUCGGCGCUGACUAACUUACG